GUCCAACACGAUGCCGUUUCCUUCGUCGCAGCUUCAUCAAUCAUCAUCGUCUUCCCCACGCUUACGGUUCCACUUUUCUUCAAGCUUUCUCUCAAUCUCCCCACUAAAAUCCGCUGAAUAAUCAGAACGAAUGGAAAAUCAAUCCGCUCCCUUGAAAGGGAAAUUUUAAAUUUCCGGCAGCGAUCUCGGUGUCACCAUGGGUUUCCCGCUGCCGAUGGACAAAGUCUCUGUUUCCGCCGAGGAGGACGGCAAGGUAUCUGUAGUUCUAGUUGCCACCGGAAGCUUCAAUCCUCCUACUUUCAUGCACUUGAGGAUGUUUGAGCUGGCAAGAGAUGCAUUGCAAAUGGAAGGCUACCGUGUGAUUGCUGGGUAUAUGUCGCCCGUUAGCGAUGCCUACAAAAAACCGGGCCUUAUACCAGCUGAGCAUCGCUUGCGCAUGUGUAAUUUAGCUUGUGAGAGCUCCGAUUUCGUCAUGGUUGAUCCAUGGGAGGCAAAUCAAAGUACCUACCAGCGAUCUUUGACUGUGUUGAAAAGAAUUGAAAGCGUCUUCAUCGAGCAAGUCCGGAUAUCUGGAGAAUCCCUCAAGGUGAUGCUUGUUUGUGGUGCGGAUCUGCUGCAGUCAUUUAGCGCUCCUGGGGUUUGGAUUCCUGAUCAGGUAAGGACCAUUUGCAGAGACUAUGGUAUUGCUUGCAUUCGUAGGGAAGAGCUCGACGUCAACCAAAUCAUAGCUGCUGAUGAAAUCAUGAAUCAACACAAGGAUAACAUCAAACAUGUUACCGAAACUGUACCAAACAUGAUCAGCUCCACAAGACUGAGGGACUGCAUUUCGAGAGGAUUGUCAAUCAAGUACUUAACCGCGGAUUCAGUUAUCAGCUACAUCAUAGAACAGCAUUUGUAUUUGGGAAACAGAUAAAGCUGCCAGGCCGCAGAAUAUCUAGUGAACUUCAGAGUCCAACUAUGUAAUAUUGCUCAGUCCAGUUUCAAAGAAGAUCAUAAAUGUAUCAUCGCCUUAAACAGCAUGAAAGCUUCCAAUGUUCAACUAAGAUCAUGAAUAAAGGUAGAAAUCUCUA